GAAGCCGUGGUCUUCUUGCGCGGGAUAGGGCACCUGAGGAAGCGGGCUGCGCCUGUGGCACAGUGGUACGGGGCCGGAAGAUAACUUACCUGAAGAGGCGAUCAAUCCCUGAGAAUCGCGGGCGACCCGUUUUUUGUGUGCCCGGGUGCGGGGUGCCGGGACACGGCGUUGAAGGCGCUGAGCGGAGGGAUCUCAGGGCGAGCUCGAACGGCGACGGCGCGCUCUGUGAUUGCACCGCGAGCGCCUGAGGUGAUCUCGGCCUACAUCGCGUCAGCGGGGCCUUGGGCGUGAGCACCGCCCCCUGUCCGGACGCAGGGUACUGGGGCACCUCGAACUGUGGCACCUCACCCUGCUCCGGGGCCACGUCUUGGGGACUCCGACAGCCCCAAAUAAGCCCUCGGGGACUGGAGUUGUGAAAAGCGAGGUCGUGAAGACGCCGGCCUCAUACCGAAGGGUAGGACGGUGAGAUCAGCCCCGUCCCACUCCAACUAAAAUCAACCUGACAGGAGGUGGUUCAGGAAAACGGUCCCAUUUGGCACCUCAAGUCUAGGUCCCUCAAGUCUCUACAACAGUAUGCAAAGAAAAUGUUCAUCUUCAUUCUUCUUAUAGUUUUCUGGUAACUUACUGAACCAAGCGCACACACACUCUCCAAGGACAAACAUUUUUCAGUGCUGGGACAAUGCAAAUUCAGCUCUCGGCAGACUACUACACACUGUGCAUGAUAUACCAAGACUAAAAGACUCAUAACCUACCCGCAGAAAGAGUGCAUCUUCCAUAGUAGCUCUGCAAAAAGAUCCAAAAGAAACUGUUAAUGGCCUGGCUUAAGUCAAAUUGUGUCCGGAAUUGGUGGGUUCUUCGUCUCACUGACUUCAAGUAUGAAGCCGACCCUCGCGGUCAGUGUUACAGCUCUUAAGAUGGCGCCUGUGGAGUUUGUUCCUUCUGAUGUUCGGAUGUGUUCGGAGUUUCUUCCUUCUGGUGGGAUCGUGGUCUCGCUGGCUCAGGAGUGAAGCUGCAGACCUUCGCAAAUGUGAAAGAUGUUGCAGAAGUGUUCCAGAAGUUGCUGAAGAUAGAAGGAAAAAAGUGCCACUGCCUAUCAGAAAAAACAAAACAAAACAUGGGAAAUACAACCACCAAAUUCCGUAAAGCACUCAUCAAUGGUGAUGAAAACCUGGCCUGCCAAAUAUAUGAAAACAAUCCUCAGCUAAAAGAAUCUCUUGAUCCAAAUACAUCUUAUGGGGAGCCCUACCAGCACAAUACUCCAUUACAUUAUGCUGCUAGACAUGGAAUGAAUAAAAUAUUAGGGACUUUUCUUGGUAGAGAUGGAAAUCCAAAUAAACGGAAUGUGCACAAUGAAACAUCUAUGCAUUUGUUGUGUAUGGGACCUCAAAUUAUGAUAUCUGAAGGAGCCCUUCAUCCUCGCUUGGCACGCCCCACAGAAGAUGAUUUCAGAAGAGCAGAUUGUCUGCAGAUGAUCUUAAAAUGGAAAGGAGCAAAACUUGACCAGGGUGAAUAUGAGAGAGCAGCUAUUGAUGCUGUUGAUAACAAAAAAAACACACCCUUGCACUAUGCUGCUGCCUCAGGGAUGAAAGCCUGUGUAGAGCUUUUAGUAAAACAUGGAGGAGACUUGUUUGCUGAGAAUGAAAAUAAAGAUACUCCUUGUGAUUGUGCUGAAAAGCAACACCACAAAGAUUUGGCCCUCAAUCUGGAAUCUCAAAUGGUAUUCUCACGGGAUCCCGAGGCUGAAGAAAUAGAAGCUGAAUAUGCUGCAUUAGACAAACGAGAGCCAUAUGAAGGAUUAAGGCCUCAGGAUCUUCGUAGACUAAAAGAUAUGCUUAUUGUGGAAACUGCAGACAUGCUUCAGGCUCCUCUCUUUACUGCUGAAGCUUUACUUCGAGCUCAUGACUGGGACAGGGAGAAAUUACUUGAAGCUUGGAUGUCCAACCCGGAGAACUGCUGCCAACGAUCAGGUGUUCAAAUGCCAACUCCACCACCAAGUGGGUAUAAUGCCUGGGACACGCUCCCAUCUCCAAGAACUCCAAGGACUACGCGCUCUUCUGUCACAUCCCCAGAUGAAAUCAGCUUAUCUCCUGGGGAUUUAGACACCAGUUUGUGUGACAUUUGUAUGUGCAGUAUCUCUGUAUUUGAAGACCCUGUGGAUAUGCCCUGUGGACAUGACUUUUGUAGAGGAUGUUGGGAGUCGUUUUUGAAUCUGAAAAUUCAAGAAGGUGAAGCUCACAACAUUUUUUGCCCUGCAUAUGAUUGCUUCCAACUUGUACCUGUGGAUAUCAUAGAAAGUGUAGUUUCAAAGGAGAUGGACAAACGAUACCUACAGUUUGAUAUUAAGGCCUUUGUUGAAAAUAAUCCUGCCAUUAAAUGGUGUCCUACUCCAGGCUGUGACAGAGCAGUAAGACUAACGAAACAAGGGUCAAAUACAUCUGGAUCUGAUACACUCAGCUUCCCAUUGCUGAGAGCUCCUGCUGUUGAUUGUGGAAAAGGACACCUCUUCUGCUGGGAGUGCCUUGGUGAAGCACAUGAGCCUUGUGACUGCCAAACAUGGAAGAAUUGGCUGCAAAAAAUAACCGAAAUGAAACCAGAAGAACUUGUGGGAGUUAGUGAAGCCUACGAGGAUGCCGCCAAUUGUCUCUGGUUAUUAACUAACUCCAAGCCUUGUGCCAACUGUAAGUCUCCAAUACAGAAGAAUGAAGGCUGCAAUCACAUGCAGUGUGCUAAGUGCAAGUAUGACUUUUGCUGGAUUUGCCUUGAAGAGUGGAAAAAACAUAGUUCGUCCACUGGAGGUUAUUACAGAUGUACUCGCUAUGAAGUCAUUCAACACGUGGAGGAGCAAUCCAAGGAAAUGACUGUGGAGGCUGAGAAAAAACACAAACGAUUUCAGGAACUUGACAGAUUUAUGCACUAUUAUACAAGAUUUAAAAACCAUGAGCAUAGUUAUCAGCUAGAACAACGCCUUCUUAAAACAGCCAAAGAAAAGAUGGAGCAAUUGAGCAGAGCUCUCAAAGAAACUGAAGGAGGCUGUCCAGAUACCACUUUCAUUGAAGAUGCAGUUCAUGUGCUCUUAAAAACUCGGCGCAUUCUCAAGUGUUCUUAUCCAUAUGGAUUUUUCUUGGAACCUAAAAGCACAAAGAAAGAAAUUUUUGAACUAAUGCAAACAGACCUAGAAAUGGUCACUGAAGACCUUGCCCAGAAAGUCAACAGGCCUUACCUUCGCACACCCCGCCACAAGAUCAUCAAAGCAGCAUGCCUUGUACAGCAGAAGAGGCAAGAAUUCCUGGCAUCUGUGGCUCGGGGAGUAGCUCCUGCAGACUCACCAGAAGCUCCAAGGCGCAGCUUUGCUGGUGGAACAUGGGAUUGGGAAUAUUUAGGAUUUGCAUCACCAGAGGAAUAUGCUGAAUUUCAGUAUCGGAGGAGGCACAGACAACGUCGUCGAGGAGAUGUUCACAGUCUACUCAGUAAUCCUCCAGACCCUGAUGAGCCAAGUGAAAGCACUUUAGAUAUUCCAGAAGGCGGCAGCAGCAGCCGCAGGCCUGGCACAUCCGUGGUAAGUUCUGCAUCUAUGAGUGUGCUGCACAGCUCUUCCCUGCGUGACUACACCCCUGCCAGUCGCUCUGAAAACCAGGACUCUCUUCAGGCUCUGAGUUCCUUGGAUGAAGACGAUCCCAAUAUACUUCUUGCAAUACAGUUAUCACUGCAAGAGUCUGGGCUGGCCCUCGAUGAAGAAACUAGAGACUUCCUCAGUAAUGAAGCAUCCUUAGGUGCGAUAGGCACUUCUUUACCUUCCAGGCUGGACUCUGUCCCCAGAAAUACAGAUAGCCCUCGGGCUGCAUUGAGCAGCUCUGAGCUUUUGGAACUUGGUGACAGCCUCAUGAGACUAGGAGCAGAGAGUGACCCAUUUUCAACUGACACCCUGAGCUCACACCCUCUCAGUGAGGCAAGAAGUGAUUUCUGUCCCUCAUCUAGUGACCCUGACUCAGCUGGCCAGGACCCCGACAUCAAUGACAAUCUUCUCGGCAACAUCAUGGCUUGGUUUCAUGACAUGAACCCUCAGAGUAUUGCCCUGAUUCCUCCAGCAACUACAGAAAUCAGUGCAGAUUCCCAGCUCCCCUGUAUCAAAGAUGGGUCAGAAGGUGUGAAGGAUGUGGAACUGGUGCUGCCAGAAGAUUCAAUGUUUGAAGAUGCCAGUGUCAGUGAAGGUAGAGGAACCCAGAUAGAAGAAAAUCCUUUGGAAGAAAAUAUUCUGGCUGGGGAAGCAGCAUCUCAAGCUGGUGACAGUGGUAACGAGGCAGCCAACAGAGGAGAUGGUUCAGAUGUUUCAAGUCAAACACCUCAAACCUCAAGUGACUGGCUUGAACAAGUACAUUUAGUGUGAACUGCACACAUCUGGGCUCUAAAUGAAUUACAGGUACAGAUGGUAUGCUAGGUGGAGUAUGCUUGAUAGAGACUUUGAUUCACUUAAUUCCAACUCAGUGAUAAACCACUGACAUUAGGGUUGAAUACAGAGAAGUUCCCUUGAAUGGUAGCUUCAUUUUUUAUUUUAACCUUACAGGGAAUUUCCUUUGUACUUAAUUGAAUAGCUUUUCCCCUUUUUGCUGACAAAAAGAAGAGCAAGAGAAAGAGAAACAAAAAUGAAAUAAAUAAGUUGUAUUCCACACUCUAAGAAAAUGCAGUCCUCUAUUUAGCCUAGGCUUGACAAUACUUAAAUUGAACAUUUAAACUAAAGACUUACUCCCUAAUCUUUGGGUGGCUUUCCUUUUAAAAAAAAAAAAAAAAGUUUUCUUCAUUCUAGAAAUUUAUUUUGGAUAAAUCCGAUAACAUAUAUGUCCUCAAUCUCUUUGUGCUCUUCCAUAACUUACUUCCUUUUUGUCUGAGCAAUGUGAAUUGAAGUCUCUUUGGUACCACAUCUACCAUAGUGUAAUUAGUUUUAAUUUUCACAUGAAUCAAAGGUUUCCUUUCAUGUCUAUUUACAGUCCAAUUGUGCCAAACUCUUACUUGUGCGCUGACUAACAAGGCAUUUAGGUGUGCAGCAUCCUAGAGUGCUCCAGGGCAGUGUCAGCGUUCUCGGGAGUAAAAGGUGCCACUUGGUAGCAAUGAUAUUCCAGAAUUAAAUGGGUUUUUGUUGCCAUGGAGACUGCAUUUAUAUAAAUGUAGCCUGUAGCUUAAGUUAACUAAACCUAAUGCUGCUGUUAAAAACAGUUUAUUUUAAUAUUAAAAUACAGUUGAUUAGCAACAGCGGUGCUGUAUUUUAAGAGACACUUUAUUGGAAGUGCAAUCAUAGUUAUUUGUUUUCACAAUUUUACAGUGCAUUCUAAUUACUGAUGGGUGCAAUUACUUUUAAUCGUGUUUUAUAAAAUAGAAAAAAAGUGGAGUUUUCAUGAGUUAUAGUAAAUCCCACGAUUAUUAAGAAAUUCAAUAAAACAUCCUGCGCAACAUGUUACCGUGCCUUUGCCUAACCUAAAUGGAUAGUUGCCAGUUAAAUAAGUGAGUAAUUCAAAUUUCAAUGUCUCUUCUGAAGUAACUAUGCUAUGAAUUGCAAAGACCUCCAUAAAACCACCCAUGGCCUUGCUUUUACACUAACUAUAACAACUAAAUGUUCAAUCAGUUUGUUUGCCUAACUAGCAAAUGCUGACAUGUGUUUGUUCUACUGCGCAAUACUCAUUUGCUGUGUGAUUACUGUUUAGUGUUGAAAAAAAUCAACUUCCUAGUUAUCAGUGUCUUACUGUGAAGAAAAUACUGGUCUUAGUUGUAAUUAGGAUACAAUGGUACAGUGUGUAAUUAAAACUAGAGUAAACUGUUGGAAUGGCUGUUUUACUUAAAUAUUAUCAAAACUAGCAUAACAUAAGCAAAAUAGAUAAGUACAACACUCCAUUUAGUGUUUUGCCAGAUUGUUACCAGAAGUCUACAGAUACCAAACUUUCAGUUCUGAGUUUGUACAGGCAAGUCCUGGGCUGGGUAAAAAGUUAUAUUAAUAUUGUUAUCCACAAGAGAUGUGAUUAUGGGUUUUGAUUACUUUUUUUUUCCAAACCCUGCUUUUGAAAUAUCCUUGUACUUAAAAUUCAUAUUGCUAAGACACUGUAUUAGAAUAUUUAAUAUUCCCCAGAUCCUCUUAGGAUAAACUGUGGGAAUCCUCCUAUGCCAUGGAUAUCAAAGGUCCACAUUAGUUUUUAUUUCUCCAAUGAUCAGAAACAUUGAUAUCAAUCCCUAUUAAAUUAGUGGGGGGACUAUUAACUUUAUCUACAGUGUAUUACUGUAUAUUAAACUGAAAUAGUCCAUUAAAGGGUUUUUUUACAAAUUUAUUUUGGAUUAAAAAUAUCAACACCAAUAAGUUUUUAGACCAAGUUGUAAUUUUUCCAAUAUAGAGUCUUUGCAUCACAUUGAGGCAUCUUGCACAGCUGCAGUUAAGGUGAGAAAGAAUGCUCUGUGUGAAGACAGUGUACACAAUGGGUUCCGGUUUCCUUGCACCUUGUGCAGUAUCCUUUAUUUCUGUGCUGUUCUCUCCUGAGCAUGAAAAAUGAUCAUUAUCCAAUUUGUAUUUCCUUGGUACAUAUUUUAAAAACAACACAGUCAUUGACUUUACAAUUCAGUAAUGAAGUUUGGCAAAGCCUAUUUUGUAAACAAGUUAAUUUUAUAAUGUAAAAAAAAAAAGUUAAUCUAACCUUGACUUGUUAUUUGCACUUUCAUAGUCUAUACUUGAUACAUUCCCACUUUAUAUACAGUAGGAUUCUACAAACGUGUAGAUGUUUGGCCAAAUGAAUGCUGUUAAUAAUAUGUAAAAUUCUUUGAUUAAACAUUUAUUACUUAAACUA